CAAUGCCCCGCGCUCAGGCAGUCGGCCUGGCAGGGCGGGCGCAUGUGCGUUGCGCGCUGUUGUUGUGGCGGCGCGGCCCGCUGCUCCCUGGCCGGCAGCGAUGAGCGACAACGAUGACAUCGAGGUGGAGAGCGAUGAGGAGCAGCCCCGCUUCCAGUCCGCGGCAGACAAACGAGCCCACCACAACGCACUGGAGCGCAAACGGAGGGACCACAUUAAGGACAGCUUCCAUAGCCUGCGGGACUCCGUGCCCUCCCUGCAGGGCGAGAAGCCACAGGCAUCCCGGGCCCAAAUCCUGGACAAAGCCACAGAGUACAUCCAGUACAUGCGUCGGAAAAACCACACGCACCAGCAGGACAUCGACGACCUCAAGAGGCAGAACGCGCUGCUGGAGCAGCAAGUGCGAGCCCUGGAGAAGGCGCGUUCGAGUGCCCAGCUGCAGGCCAACUACCCAGCAGCAGACAGCAGCCUCUACACCAACCCCAAGGGCGGCGCCAUCUCUGCUUUUGACGGUGGCUCUGACUCCAGCUCCGACUCGGAGCCUGACGAGCCACAGAGCAGGAAGAAGCUGCGCAUGGAGGCCAGCUAGGCCCCCCCACACCUGCCCCCUGGCCCCCUAAGGACUCGCCCUUCUCAAGGCUCCAGGGCUGCCCCCUCGCAGCCCCCCUGUGCCAGAAUAUGGCAGGAAGGGGGGGGCUGGGGUCCCCAACUGCGCAGAGAUACCCCCAACAUCCCCCCCUCCCCUGCUGCUAGCGAGCCCCUCUCUGCGCCCGUUCCCCCCCCUUCGAUUUUAUAUGAGCAUUUCUAUUUAUACCCAGGGACCACUGCAGCCCUGAGCUGAGCACGAGGCUGUGCAGGAGGCAGGCGUCCCCCCCCGGCCCCUGUUGUCCACCUGUGGGCACCCCCAGGGGGUGAACACAAAAGGGGGGGGGGGGGGGGGG